AUGGCUUAGUCCCAUAGCGAGGUUAUUAUUUUUAUGGUUUAAUUAUCCUAAAAAUACGAGACGGUGUUUGCAUUUUGAAGGGCUUCCCAGUUCCCAGUUCACAUGGCAAGGAAUUUCAAGGGGCUGAGGCAAAGGCAUAAGGCAGGUGAAAAAACUAUAAAUAGUAGCCAAAGUUGAAUAGAUCCAACCUGAAUACUUGCGAGAGAAACAGAGAAACAGAGUGCGAUGGCAGAAUUGUUCAUUAAGCAAGCAGAGAAUUACGCGGAGGGUCGGCCAUAUUAUCCUCAAGAAUUGUUUCAAUUCAUUGCUUCCAAGACACCCUCUCAAGACCUUGCAUGGGACGUCGGCACCGGAAGCGGUCAGGCUGCUCAAUCUCUAGCUGGGAUGUACGAGAAUGUGAUAGCCACAGAUACAAGCCCAAAGCAGCUGUCAUUUGCGCCAAGGCUACCCAAUAUAAAAUACCAACAUACCCCUCCCACCAUGUCUAUAGCCGAGCUUGAACACAAUGUCGCUCCUGAAUCAAGCGUGGAUGUUGUGACGAUUGCUCAGGCCUUCCACUGGCUCGACCUCCCUAAUUUCUAUGAACAAGUGAAAUGGGUACUCAAAAAACCUCAUGGGAUCAUAGCUGCAUGGUGCUACACCGUGCCGGAAGUCAAUGACUCGGUGGACUCGGUCUUCCAACCCUAUUAUAAGUUUAUUGUAGACCCAUAUUGGGAGCCGGGACGUAAAUUAGUGGACGAUAAGUAUAGGAGCGUCCAUUUUCCAUUUGAGCCAGUGGAUGGAGUUGACCACACUGGACCAUUUCAGUUUGUGACCGAAAAAUUGAUGGAUUUAGAUCUUUAUCUUACUUACUUAAGAUCGUGGUCAUCGUAUCAAACAGCGAAGGAGAAGGGUUUCGAGCUUUUGAGCGAUGAUCUGAUUGAGAAAUUUAAGCGUGCUUGGACUGAAGAUGGACAAGACCAGAAGGUUGUCAAGUUUCCAAUUUAUUUAAGAAUUGGAAGGGUGGGGGAUAUUUAAAAUCAAAAGAUUAGCAUAGAGCAAUUGUGGCUCAUUUUAUAGGGAAUUGAACUAAACCAUUUUGUUCCAAAGGAGUGAUGAGUUCAUUUCCCUUGUCAAUAAAAUUGGAACAUAUCAACUGUGUGUUUAUCACAUUGCCAUUUUAUAUAAUGGAAUUCUGCUGUUGAAUGCUAUUGAUUCGAAG